AUGCAAAGAGACAGAAAGAUGACUGGUGCUGUGUGUCCCGAUCAAAUGGCGCAGCUGAGAGGAAGAGCAGCGGGAAACAAGAAGGAUAAAGUGCUGGUUCCUAGAAGCAGCAGCCCUGUCACAGUGUACGUGGAUCCCCCCUGCAUCAUUGAGCAAGCUUUUUCAACAAUCGCGUGGGAUGAUUUGGAGGACUGUUCGUCCACAGUGAGAACGAAGAUCGACUCCAUUGACUCACAGGUGAAUGAAUCUGAUGCAGAUGACCAGGAGUUUGGAGAUUAUGCGCUGGAUUUCAUUGCAGAUUCUCCUGCCACUCUGGAGAGCAGUCUGUCUCCUGCUGAACUGGUCCCAUUUCAGGGAUGUGUCAUUCCUCCACUCACCCCUCAGAGGUAUCUCUCCUCAGAAGAUAAUCUGAUUCACUUCUCCACAGAAGCCAGAAACACAUCUGCUCAGGAUGGAGCUCACUGGAAGGGCAUCACACAGUGCCAAGAGAAAGUGUGGGUAGAGUCUACAGAGGUCAACAAUCAGCUGAAGGAGACCCUACAGAGAAAACAGGAAGAAAUCAACUCUCUUCAGGAGAGAAAUCUUCACCUCAGACAGCUAGCCAACCGGGCAAAGCACCUAGCCUCAGUGCUCGAAAAGCUGAUGACAGUCAGAGACACAAAUGUGAGCGAGUCAGUGACACCAUGUGAUAACAACACCUCCCUCAGUCCCUGUAAAAGGCAGCGUCUGGAUGAAGGAUAUGAAACCGAGUCCUCUGACUCAGUGGAGGACAUGCUGAGGGACAUCAGUACACGCUGCAAUGCUGUUCUGUACAGCACUGCCAACAGAACAAAACCACAGCAGGAAUCAGAGACUAUUCAUAUGUAUGGCUCAUUCUCAGGCCUACAGACUUGUUUUUCUAACAACUGCAGCUUAACAACAGAUGGAGGAGAGCCAGAAGAGAGCAUCCUAUCUUUCAGGACAUCCAUCAGAGAACACAGCACCAUCAGGACUCAGGUGUUUCCUCACGGACGAGCCUUCACCUCGACGACACAGCAAGGAGGAUACCGCUUUCGCUGGGUUCCCAAUCACAGCUGA